GGCUGUCAUAACGAGGGUCAUUUUCGUCAUUUUAGCAAUGUCCAGAAGUGCUAGGGUUUCGAGUCUCAUUUAUAAAGCGUUUUAUCAGAUCUGCUGGCGUUGUGUGCGUGUGUUGUGUGGUGCGUAUGCGAUUGUGUCUGUGUCGGUUUCAAUUCUUCAAUUUUCGCAUCUCUCCCUCCCCUCUCUUUGCACACUCACACCCACACACUCUCUCUUUCACAUGUCGGUUUCUCUUUUAGGUCAUUACCAAUACCUGAUUACGUGCUUAUUCUUGAUCCUUUGAUCAUUUCCGUAUACCAAAAAGCCUUCCUUCUAUUUUGCCCUGAUCCCUUCUCUUAGAUCCCUUUCUGUCACUUGUUCAGUCAUUAGUGCUUCUUAGUUGCAUACUCACUCGAGGCCUAUCAACUUCAGUCCAAUCACCGAUUUUGUUUCUCAAUACCCAUUUCACCUUACCACCUUUUCUCAUCUGGGUUCGCUUUAGAUCUCACAUACAGCUCAUAAAAAUGUUGGAUCCAAGUGAAAAAAUAUUGGAGUUUGAGGAUAUGAGUAGCAAAUCAGCAGAAGGAGAAAAUCAACAAAAGAAAAGUUGUGCUGAUUGUGGUACUACUAAGACACCGCUUUGGAGGGGUGGCCCAGCUGGCCCUAAGUCACUGUGUAACGCUUGUGGUAUUAGGAGCAGGAAAAAGAAAAGAGACAGUCUGGGUCUGAAUAGAGCAUCAUCAAAUCCUGACAAGAAAUCAAGAAAACACAGUUCAAGCAAUGGAAGCAGCAACAAUCAUAAUAGCAAUAACAGUAAUAGGUUAGGAGAUGGGUUAAAGCAAAGACUGUUGGCUUUGGGUAGAGAAGUAUUGAUGCAGAGAUCGAGUGUGGAGAAACAGAGAAGAAAGUUAGGAGAAGAAGAACAAGCUGCUGUGCUAUUAAUGGCUUUAUCUUAUGGCUCUGUUUAUGCUUAGGAAAAUAAUUUUAGGAGAGAGAAGAGAAUUUGUUUUUGUAUUAGCUAGCUGACCCAAAAUUAAGUUAAGUUGUAUGUUGUGAUUUUUGGUUCUUGAUUAGUUAAUUUUUUUUAGGUGUUUAUUUUCUUGGGCUAACUGUAUUUGGGGAGUUUGGAAGAAAUGCAAGGAGUUGAUAAUUGUCAAUUCUAUUUUUCCUAACACAUUAACUCAAUUCAAUGUGUGUUUGGAUCA